UGGGAGUCAAAAAUCCCUUUUACAGAUUAUCAUUGUUGGAAACAGUAAGACAACUUGAGAAAUAUGGUAAACUGGUGGCAAUCGGUAUUAUAUGGACGUCGUUUUUCUGACCGUAACAUCGAAAAGCUAGAACACAUCGAGAGCGAAAUUCAAAACGUCGAACUACAAGUCAAGUCUAUUUUGGAAAGCUUAGGGAUAGUGUCAAGGAACUGUACAAAAGGACAAGUUUUGGUUUCUUGUCUCUUCGCGUCUUCGUUGUUUCUCACUAUUGCCUAUUCUGGCGUUUUAUUGUUCAGAAGGGCUUCCUUGCUGUUCAUAAUUUCACUUAUACUCAUAUAUCUUUUUCGAAGAGUCUAUGUGUCUUGGAUAGGGUACAACGUUAGGCGCUGUAGGUUGAAAUUGGCAAAACUGAAGACAAGAAAGGUCCACUUAUUGGAAGAUUUAAAACAAAAAAAUGACUUUUAUAAAGUUUUCGACGUGCUGAAGAGAUUUGACGAAAACUACAAGUCUCAACAAGACAUACCGGACAUUCGUCAGAGCAGCAAACUGGAGGAAGAAAGCAUGAGUUCUGUUAGUGAAACUAAAGUACAGAAGGUGCAAGACUCCAAGAGUGCGUCAGUAAGCAAUACUCCAGAGAAGGUGCAGCACAGCAUUUCCACGGAAAUUUCGAGGUCAUAUUCUUCGCAAGGCGGUUCAAAUAACACCAUAGACGAAUAUUUUGGUUCUUCUUCGAGAAACCCAACGCAACAAGAUAUUUUCAAACGCCAAAAACGAGAGAAAGUUGAUUUGACGGAGAUAGAAAGGCAGACGAAUAGUUUUCAUUCUAUUUUGCAGUCCUGGCUUGGUUCUCUUAUUCACUGGAUAGUUUAUAGCCUGUCUGGAGAGCAUAAUAUUCAACUUGAAGAGCAGUUGGAGUUGCUUCGAGAAACACUAGAAUUGGAAAAAGUGAAAAGAAAAAAACUUGAGGCUGAGUUAAGGAGAAUCCUUUCGAACCAACACUCGGUCGGUUCUGAAAAUACUUCAGAAAUACUGAAUGAUGCAACUUCCAACGAGAAUUCUAAUAUGGAUACUAACUUGGCAUGUCUGUGAAUAUAGAUUUUGGAGAUAGUUUCAGGAACAAAGAAGGUUACGUUGUGUUUAUUUGAAUGGACCAAGAGUCGCGUAGAAAGAAGCUCAAUUUUAUAUUGAUUAGUUGUAUUAUAUUGACAAGUGCACAUUGAAAAUGCUUAAUAAAUUGAAAUAAACAAAUCUAGUUUCAA